GGGCGGGCUCUGCUGCUUUUCAAGUCGGCCUUGGUACGGAUCGAGCGCGCGCGGACCCUGCACCGGCCGCGGAGCCGCCAUGGGCCCGCUGGGCCCUGGGCGCCGCGCAGCGCGAGCACCGGCCUGGAGCCAGGGCCAAACCAGGUGCCUGCCCCGAGGAGGGGGCACGGUAAUUCCGUGUUGCUUAGAUGAGGAAAUGGCAGUGGGCCAUUAUUGCCUCUUAACCAAAUUGAAUCUACAAGAUGGCUGACCAGAACCCUGGGGGCAUUAGCCCCCUCCAACAAAUGGUGGCCUCAGGCACCGGGGCUGUGGUCACCUCCCUCUUCAUGACACCCUUGGACGUGGUGAAGGUACGCUUGCAGUCUCAGCGCCCCUCCGUGGCCGGUGAGCUGAUGUCUUCCUCCAGACUCUGGAGCCUCCCCUACGCCAAAUUGCCCUCCUCUCUCCGAUCCACAGGGAAGUGCCUCCUGUACUGCAAUGGUGUCCUGGAGCCCCUGUACUUGUGCCCAAAUGGUGCCCGCUGUGCCACCUGGUUCCAGGACCCCACGCGUUUUACGGGCACCUUGGAUGCCUUUGUGAAGAUCGUGAGACGUGAAGGCACUAGGACCCUGUGGAGCGGCCUCCCAGCCACCUUGGUUAUGACUGUGCCGGCCACUGCCAUCUACUUCACCGCCUAUGACCAACUCAAGGCCUUCCUUUGUGGUCGAGCCCUGACUUCUGACCUCUACGCACCUAUGGUGGCUGGCGCACUAGCCCGCUUGGGAACCGUGACUGUGAUCAGCCCCCUGGAGCUGGUGCGGACAAAGCUGCAGGCUCAGCACGUGUCAUACCGGGAGCUGGGUGCCUGUGUCCGAGCUGCCAUGGCUCAGGGCGGCUGGCGCUCGCUGUGGCUGGGCUGGGGCCCCACUGCCCUUCGGGAUGUGCCCUUUUCAGCCCUGUACUGGUUCAACUAUGAGCUGGUGAAGAGCUGGUUGAGCGGGCUCAGGCCAAAAGACCAGACAUCCGUGGGCAUCAGCUUUGUGGCUGGCGGCAUCUCAGGGACGGUGGCGGCCAUCCUGACUCUACCCUUUGACGUGGUGAAGACGCAACGCCAGGUCGCACUGGGAGCGGUGGAGGCUGUGAGAGUGACGCCCCCGCACGCCGACUCCACCUGGCUGCUGCUGCGGAGGAUCCGGGCUGAGUCUGGCACCAGGGGACUCUUUGCAGGCUUUCUCCCGAGGAUCAUCAAGGCUGCCCCCUCCUGUGCCAUCAUGAUCAGCACUUACGAGUUUGGCAAAAGCUUCUUCCAGAGGCUCAACAGAGAACAGCCUCUGGGCCCUUAAAAGGAGCCAGGGGACAAGGCCCCUAUCUCUUCCAUGGAUGGGGGUGGGGCAGAAGGAGACUGAGCCAAGUGCCUUGUCCUCAGCACUGAGGGGAGGGGCCUCAUUUCCUUUCCCUCUCAACUAUGAGCUCCAGGGGUUGGGGCUACCCCUCUAGGUCUGCCAAGGCCCCCCUAAAACAGCUUUCUUCCUGCUGUUCCUCAUUCCCAAGCCCCAAGGAUAAUCACUUUUCCAGCCCCCCCCCCCGCCCCGACCAAGUUCAAGACCAAAUCUGAUAACUGCCCCCUCCCUUCCCACCAUUUCCCUGUGUUUGCUGUAGCUGGGUCUGCUUCUGGGAGCCACAAAACCCUGGGCCUGGUGUAGUCUGCACCCUUCCCUGUUAAUUCCUUGAGUCUAAAGAUGAUGAACUUCUCUCCA